AACACCGGCUCAUGAGCAUCCUGACCCGAGCUGUGUACGCCUAGAUCUUAUAGCUCCACCCUUGGCUAUAUAAUAGCUAGUAAAGCUGGGCUUCCAUCACAUUACUCCGCGCAUCUUUUGUUUCAGCAUCCCACCUCGGAACGGAGAUGCUGACCAGAAACAGCGGUGUCAGGACCAGCCUGUGGAUUAUUUUCCUCUGCAGCUCAGGUGUCUGUGCCAGGAGGCAGCACGCCGAUGCUGAUGAGUACUGGUCGGAGACCGUUUCCAGGGCCAGGUGUGCGUCGCGAUGCCUCAGCUUGCACAGUGUAGCGGCGCUCUCGAUUCUGCAGUCUCGUCUUCAGAAUAACGGAUCCUUGGGCUGGUGUCAUAAUCAUAAACAGUGUGCAAAGUGCCUGGAGCCCUGCAGAGACUCCUGGGAGAUGAAGGGGAAAGGCAACUGCAGAGAGUUAUGUGAGCGGGUGUUUCCCAGAAAGCACUGGGAGUGUGUGACCAGCUGUGAGUUCCUUCACUCUGUGCUGAUGGUGAAGCAGGGCAGCUGUCCACCUCCACAGAGAGCCAGUGGUUUUGCUGCUGCCUGUGUGGAAAGCUGUGAUCACGACAAAGAAUGCUCUGCUCAGAAGAAAUGCUGCUCUAACAGCUGUGGCCACACCUGCCAGACUCCCAGUGACAUCUACAAGGGUGCUCCUCUGAAGCCAAGGAAGGAGCUAGCCUUUGAAGAAGCGUCUUCUGGCCAGCUGGAGGUGCACUGGUCAUCGCGCUUCAACAUCUCGGCCGAGCCUGUAGUCUACAUUCUGCAGAGGAGAUGGAACUUUGGCAUCCAGCCCAGUGAGGACACGGCCACAUCGUGGCAGGUGGCUGCACAGACGACGGAGCAGAGAGCGAGGCUGUCAGACAUCCGGCCCGGUCGCUGGUACCAGUUUAGAGUGGCAGCCGUUAACCUUCACGGGACCCGAGGUUUCACCACGCCCAGCAGACACUUCCACUCAAGCAGAGAUCCCUCCAAUCCUCCUGCUCCUACUGAGCUGAGAGUAGCAAAUAUGAGCUUUGGUCCUGGGAGCACAGUGGUAGCCAGGAUUGAGUGGAGCAUGCCUCCUGACCUGGAUGUUCCCAUCCACCACUACAAGGUCAGCUGGAGCUGGACUGCAGUUGGACAUUCUUCUGCCUCAUCCCUGACCAAGAGGAGGAAGACGGUCAGAAAGAGCCAGGUGGAGCUGGACAGCAUGAGGACCAACAGGAGCUACAGUGUGGAGGUUCAGGCUGUGUCUUACUGGGGACAAACUCAGUUCAAAGGACCGCGCGCUGUCCUCCACUUCACCACGGAGCAAAGCACGAGUGCUCCCAGAAGUCCUGCAGGUGACGUCCUGGAUGUGGGGACACCGUUCUACCAGGACGGACAGCUCAGGGUUCAUGUUUACUGGCAGAGAAGCGUGGACCCUUUGGUUGAAUUCUACAGAAUCCAGUGGGGACCUGAAUACUGCGGACACAACCAGACCAGACCUAUGGAGAAGACCAGUACAAAGGAGAGCUUUAUCAGCCUGCAGGGCUUACUCUUCUCCUGUAAGUAUAAAGUCCUUCUGCAGCCAGUCAGCAAGACGAGUCAUCCUCUGGCAGAAAGCACCAGCUUUCAUACGCCUUCCUGCACCACCAUCCAGGCCAAGAGUCCAACACCCGUCAACUGUCCCAGAGAAACCGCUAUGAAUCUUCAGAAAGUCCUGGUGAAACCAACCAACCUGAUCGCAUCUUUUGAGGUCCUGGGUGGCAAUGUGACAGCUAUCUUUAGCUGGGAUAUAUCUAUGACUUCAUCCCACCACCAGCAGCUAACUGGUUACCAGGUUACCUGGGCAGAAGUCAUCUCAACUAACCGCAACUACAACGUCAAGCUGCCUCGCACCUUGAUCUCCCAGUCCCAGAUCCUACCUCCGGAUGGUAAUGUUCUAGUGGUGUCAGGCCUACGCCCUGCUAGUUUGUACAGGCUGGAGGUACAAGCCAUCACAACGGAGGGUGAAGGUCCUACAACCAGGAGAACCUUCCAGACCCCUGGAUACCAAAGCACCUUACUCCACAGAUCAAGGCUGAGGAAGCAUCCUGAGCAGCCAAUCACUGACAGACACUGAGAGCAGACGGCCUCAUGAACCGAGUUCCCAAAACCAUAAAGAAGAAGCCACAGAGCAGCGAUGCUAACUGACAAAUGCCAGCUUGUCAGUUACAACAAGACAACAAGUGACAACUGACAGACAUAUGAAUCCCUCCCUGCAGUAUCCCAUAAUGGACCGAAGCUUUACCGAACUUUACCCUCAAGUAAGCAUGUAUACAACAUAUUUAAGUAAAAGUAUGAUACAACUUUCACCAACAGGAAGAUAAACAAAAAGCUCUCUUUGUGUUUUCAGUUCUUUUUACUUCUAUUUGCUACAGUUAUAUGUAAAAAAUAAAUACAAUAAAACCAUGAAAUGGAUUUAGUCUACAAUGACAUCAGAGAUGUAAAAGAUAUAUUAACGUCACUAACAAGCACUGAUAGUAAACUGGAUCCUAAUAGCUGGAUCUUAAUUUAAACUUGCCUGUAAGGAUGGGAUUUGAGUUCAGGAUUAGUUUACUGAGGUGUACUAAGGUCCGAUUCACCCUCAUACAUGGACUGAAUUCAAGGAAACAAGAAAGUGAGAAAAUAACCUGAAUCUAAAAUCUGCAACGUUAGUUAAAUACACUGAAUCUGAUAAUCCAUUUAAUGCUAACUUAGUGCUUCAGCUUCAUUUUAAAGUGAGGCAAAUAACAGCAUGAGGCAAAUAAAUCAGAACUAAUGUUUUUUCUUUUUUUAAAUUAAGGUUUCAAAUUGGCCAACCUUUUUUUUCUGGGGCAUCAGUUACAAUAAUUUUAUCAAAGAUGUUGCAUAUCAGAGGUAGACAUGAGUCACUGCUAUCACAGCCUGUAAAACAAAGCAAACACACACGUCUGUGUUUACAGCUUUGCCUCCUGCACCCUUCCUUCUCCCUUAAGGAUGAAUUUGCCACUUUCAAGCAGGAUCGUUUGCUCCUGGUGUCCAACUUUUCAGUGGCCAGUGUAAUACAUCACCAUCACUACGGGAGACCUUGUGUGUACGUGUGACAGCAGGUGUAGGUGACAUGGCUGGGAAUGCCCAGCUCUUCUUCCAGGCUACAGCAUCAACAGUUUUGAUACAAUUGCAUGUAAUAAUAAUAGAAUAAUAGAAAUUAAUGUCAGUGUCACUGAGUGGUGCCAUUAAAAGCUCUUGCAACUUAUUUUCUAAAAAGAUUUGUUGUUUUAUAAAUGACAUGUAGCUCCUCCCACUCUCUUUUCAAAUGCUGUAUAUACUUUGUGUCUCUAUUUAUUGGUUGUGGUAUAUUUGUGCCUGGACUGUUACAUCUGGGUUGUAUGUGUGUGCACACAUUUGUUCACCUCUCUGUGCAAAGAUGGUUUUAACUACAGGUACGUGUCAAAUACAGCGUGCUGUACCCAUGUACACUUUUGAUUUCUUUUUUUUCUGUACUCCUGAUUCAUGCCUCAGUAUUUAUCCAUGAGAAGUGUAACCAAGACUUAUUCAUGUGGACAGAAACAAAACUAUGAGAAAACAAAUGGUUGUACUCCAAAUGUGGUUCUAUUGUUCUUGAAGUGUGUACAGGUAUGAGUAAAACGUCUCAUUGCCAGUAUCAGCUGCUGUAUGUUAACAAAACUCAGAGUUUAUUUCCAUGAUGAAGUGUUGUGCUACAUAUGGCUGCAUACAGACACAGUGUACAUUGAGUCUGUUUGGAUAAGAUCAUAAGAGCAUGUUUCCUUUACGUUUACCACAGUGAACAGAGCCGCAGAGACAAAGACUGAACAGAGGAGGUUGGUUUAGUGCAGGCCUGCACUGAGAGUGUAACUUUAAGGCUAUGAAGAAUAUUUAUCAUAGUUCAGACCAUAAACAAUAAAAAAGAUGCAACUCGUCACCAUCAUGUCACCCUUUGGAGAACGUGGUACGCAUGUUUGUAUUUGUUGUUGUGUUAAUCCAUAUAUCCAUCCAUCCAUCCAUUUUCUUCCGCUUAUCCGGGGCCGGGUCGCGGGGGCAGCAGCCCAAGCAGAGAAGCCCAGACCUCCCUCUCCCCAGCCACCUCCUCCAGUUUAUCCGGGGGAACACCAAGGCGUUCCCAGGCCAGUCGAGAGAUAUAAUCUCUCCAGCGUGUCCUGGGUCUGCCCUGGGGCCUCCUCCCAGUGGGACAUGCCCGAAAAACCUCGCCCGGGAGGCGCCCAGGGGGCAUCCUUGUCAGAUGCCCGAACCACCUCAACGGGCUCCUUUCGACCCAUAUACAUGUUUAUCGUUAAUCCAUAUACAUGUACUUUAAUCUGAGUGAUUGGAGCAGCCACAUGCAGAACAACAAACAACAGUGGACACUGUGUACAACUAUAAUGCAGAAAGGACACACAAAAAUGAUCUGACAUGCGAUUCAUUUUUCCUAGUUUGUUACAGAUUUACAUGAUAAAACUAACUACCAGGUAAAAGAUAACAUACAUGAAUCAAAUGUGUUUAUGUGAAAAACAAAAAUGUGUUAAACGUAUAAAUAUUAAUUAAAAGCACUGAAGUGUCUUAUAAUGCUCUUUAAAAACAUGCCUGGUUACACAUGCAUAUAUGUUUUGUCAAUACAACCUGAAA